UCUCCUCCCAGCCAAGCGAACCGUUACUUCAUGUGCUGUGCCUGCUCUGCAGUGAGCAGUUUUCAGGCUUACAGCAGAACCCCCCAUUCCCUCCACUUAUAUGGCCAAGGUGCUUCAAUCUACACGGCAGGCUGGCAUGAGUGCCAACCAGGCAGCAUGAAGGGUGGGCAGCAGCGGCCGGGCUGCGCGUGCCAGCAUUUGUUCCGCAAGGUCCUGGCAAAGUGCGGAUGUUGUUACAGAGUACGAGAAUCAUACUCAGUGACGGGAAGUGAUGGCAGCAUUUCCACCUCAGUGGCUUCGAUCCAGCCACAGCCGUCCACCAGUUCGGCCCCCAGCUCGCCGAGCUCCAAGCGAUCGGUAAGCACCUUGAAGAAAUGGCUGACCAGCCCGGUGCGCAAGCUCAGCAGUGGCAAGAUCGACCGGCAGGUGAAGAAGCUGGAAAGCAAACCCAAGAAGGCGGAACGAAGGAAGAGUGUCGAUGAGCGGCGCAGGAGCAUUGACCUGGGAAUAGUCAACAAAGGGAGUGAAGCUCAAGACGCGAAGGGCUGGAAGGAUGGAUCACUGAGCCGCAGAUUAUCCCGAGAUGAACAAACGCCAGCCGUGAUUCCGGAGUCACUGACAGCACUUACUGACAACCCGAAGAAGGAGAUGGAAGAACAGGAUACUGCACCAGUUGCCACUCAUGAUGCCGUGGGGCUUUGGCAUAAGUUUGGCGAAGCGGAAAGACGGUUACACAUGUACGUGGUUUAUUGCCAGAAUAAACCUAAAUCAGAGCAUAUCGUCUCCGAGUACAUCGAUACCUACUUUGAAGAGCUGAAGCAACAACUAGGCCACAGGCUUCAGCUGAAUGAUUUACUUAUCAAACCCGUUCAGAGAAUCAUGAAGUACCAGCUUCUGUUGAAGGAUUUCCUGAAGUAUUCGAAGAAGGCUGAGCAGGACACCACUCUGUUAGAGCAAGCUGUGGAGGUGAUGUGCUUUGUGCCUCGACGAUGUAACGAUAUGAUGAACGUAGGACGUUUACAGGGCUUUGAGGGCAAAAUAACAGCUCAGGGAAAACUCCUUCAGCAGGACACCUUCCAUGUCAUCGAACAAGAUGCUGGCUUCCUGUCACGCAGUAAAGAGCGGCGAGUUUUCCUCUUUGAACAGAUAGUAAUCUUCAGUGAGCCACUGGAUAAAAAGAAGGGCUUCUCACUGCCAGGUUAUCUCUUCAAGAACAGUAUUAAGGUUAGCUGCCUGGGCCUUGAAGAGACCGUGGACAACGACUCUUGUAAAUUUGCCUUGACCUCACGUGGGACAGAUGGGAACGUGGUGCGAUAUGUCCUACAAGCCACUAUUCCUGAAAUCCGGCAGGCCUGGGUUUCAAACGUUAGUCAGAUCCUGGAAACGCAACGUAACUUUUUGAAUGCUCUGCAAUCUCCGAUUGAGUAUCAACGAAGGGAAAACAAAUCCAACAGCUUGGGAAGACCCCGCGAUGCCAGGACGGCACUGUCCAUCUCAGCUGGCAUGAGGCCCCAUUCUUCUGCGUCCAUGGACAGGAACCAGUUUCCCUCGAUGAAGGCCUACAACACCUCACUGCCAACAUUGUUUCUCCCACCCUGCAGGACUGGCAGUGCCACCCUGGAAACCAAUAAGCUGCCAGGUCAGGGGAAGGAUAGCCAAGAUGGAAAUUCUACGAAGGUUGAUGCCGCCGGUCACAAGCAUAGGAGCCAAGACAAGCUGGACGAGAGCAAGCAAUAAAGUCGUUGCUUGGUUUUUCUUUUCUGUUUGCUUAAAGGAAGUUAGGCUCAGGAGCACACACACUGUGGGUCAGCUCCCCAUUUUUAAUUCUUCACCCACGAACCAAUUCGCUAAAGGUUUGGCGAGCUUUGGCACAUUGCAUCGACUGUGCACCUUCAGCCAAGGAUUGUGCUCCGGGACCCUCAUUAAACAUAACAACCAACUCCGAAUCACAGAAAAUCAAGGGUAUUGUGCUGCCAAUGUCAUGUCACCAGGGUACAAGUUUUCCUUAUGGCUUGUGUGGAGGUCCUCAGUUGUUCUGAAUCAAUGCGUGUCCCUCUGUUGAACACCUGACCUCUGGCAAGGUCCUUCUGUACAGGGAAAGUCUCGAGAUUUUGAAAGGGCGUUCUGCUGGGGGAUUUCAAUUCAGUCAAAGGAUUGAAAAUCACUUGCAUUCUGUAAUGCUGAAAUGGACCAUCCUGAUCACUAAGAAGCCUUUCACGAUAUUUUCAAAAUAGCAACUGAGUCACAAUUGGCAACACUCCAAGCAACGGCCAUGUCCAACAAGUGAAUUAAACCAAAAUGCUUUAUCUCAUUAAUCGCCCUGUGCCUUUACCAUCAACUGUCGUAAUGGAGCUCUCAAUCCAUUCACAAAACAUCUGACAUCUCACUUCAUCACUCUGCACCGGUGAUAUCACCAUGUCAGGAAGAUUUGUGCCCAGUUUGAUAUUUCCCUGGCAGAUUGCACAAUGCUUUUGGCUUUUGGAAUUGAUAUCUGAGGCAUCAAAAUGAGGCCUCUGGCACGAGCAGGGACAAACGCCAAGAGCAGGAAAAGUCUUUUACUCAAAACACACGGCAACCGUGCCCAGCCUUUUAAAACAAAGACAGUUGUGUCAGCUUCAAGCAACUGGGGCAAAGGAAAGAUGAUGCCAACGGUACGGUUGGUAAAAGACCCAAGCAUGAAGCUGCAUGUCAAAUCGUCAGCAGAAGAAUGAAAGACACUUGCGCAAAAUGGGAGACAUCCACUUUGCCAGUGAAGACACCCGAUCAUAUCCAGUACUUGCCUGCGUGAAAAUGGUUGGCUGUCUUUUCUCAAUGUUAGACAAGUACCUAUUGACUCUCCUUGUGGUCUAAGCUUUGUAUAUGAAGACCAUUUUCAAUUUUUUGGAUCCUCUCUGGUUUGAAUUUGUAAACAUUUCUAAUCUUGCUGCUGUACUUUUUAUUUUCCCAGAUCCUAAACCUUUCCUUUUGUUUGAAAUUUGCAUUUGCGUUCCAUUCCUCACUCCAUGGUGUGCCUCUAAACCCACCACUUUGCAUUAGUUGUCAGGGAAGUGGUCUGUACCUUUUAUUUUCCCAGAUUCUAAGUCUUCCUCUUGGCCUUCUGCUACUCUGCAGUCUGAUCAUUUCAUGUUGAUUCACCUGAAUGUCUCCUUCCUGUCCUAACCAAGCCUGCAGGUUCUGUGCUCCUUCACCAUGUUGCUCCUGUCAAAUUGGUUCUUGUUCCUGGCUGAGGUAACAAAACUAAAGCACCAAUAUCACAGUAGCUGGCUGAAAGUGGGAACUCAGCAAAUAGGAAGUUUUUGAAGACGACAUUAAAAUCACAAGAAACAGAUGUUGGAAUGUUUUUGAGCAUUGUUGAGGCCCUGUAGUUAAUGUUUAGAUGCUACACUCCAAAUCUGAACUGGUACAAUUUGAUGUUACUGUUUUAGUCCUUGGCGCAUGGUCAAAAGCAUGAGCCUACAAUCAUUCUGAUGGUAGGGAUCAGGGAUCCAUCUCUUCCCUUGACUGGACUGAGGGUGUUUCAUAGUUUCUCCCUUUUUUUCCAUGAGAUGCGGCUAACUCAGUAUUUAUUGCCCACGAGAGCUAUUAAGAGUGAACCACACAGGCUGUGGGUCUGGAGUCACAUGUAGGCCCAGACCAGGUAAGGAUGGCAGAUUACCUUCCCUAAAGGAUGUGAUUGAACCAGACAGGGUUUUUGCAACAAUCAACAAUGGUGUCAUGGUCACCAUUAAUGACAGCAACUUUCUUUCCCACAUUUAUUAGCUGAAUUUAAAUUGACCCAAAUGGAUUUGAACCCAUGAUCUGAGACCAUUAGCCUGGGACUCAGUGAAUGGUUAAGAGUCAACCACAUUGGCUGUGGGUUUGGAGUCACAUAUAGGCCCAGACCAGGGUAAGGAUGGCAGAGUUCCCUCCCUAAAGGACAUU